UUUCCGAGCAAGCAAAUUUGAGUACUAAAAUGUGCCGAAACAUGUUUGUGCAUUUAUUUUUGCUUUCUCUCGUGAAAUUUCUUUUUCCCAAUAUUACAUAUUUCUCAUACAAUAAAUAUAUUAAAAAAUAAAACAUGGAGAGCAAAAGUUCAGAAAAAGCUUUUAAUCUAAAGGAUAAUCAAGAGUUUCCCAUAGUUGCCUCUUCACAGAUAGAACUGGCUUGUAAGGAAACUCAAAGGAUAUUUGCUGAUGCCUUCAGCACUGUGGAAAAUUUUCUGGGGAAAUCAGCUUAUCCUUUUUCAACUCAAAAGCAACAAUUAUAUCCUUAUAUAGUAUCUUUAUGUGGUAAUCCCAAGGAUGAAGCAUAUAAAGCAAUAAAAGAUGAAGGGGCAAAAAGGAAAAUUCUGUUGCAUUUAACUGUAAAAACAGCCAAGAUUUUACAUCCAAAUUAUGAUAUUUCAAAAUUUUUUAAUGUGCAUUGCAAGCUGUGGGUUGAGCUUGGAAAACAAUUCAAAACAACAGCUAAAGAUUCAGCUUCUAAUUUGUAUUGGAAUGAAACUUUUGUUUU